AAGAAAGAAAGAAAGAAAGAAAGAAAGAAAGAAAGAAAGAAAGAAAGAAAGAAAGAAAGAAAGAAAGAAAGAAAGAAAGAAAGAAAGAAAGAAAGAAAGAAAGAAAUUCUGGCAACACAUUUUUAUUGGCCUACUGGACCCUUAUAGAACUAGGUUAACAACCAGCAGCUUGUCCCCACCGCCCAGCCCUAAACAAUCCAGUAGAAGGUGUGACUUCAAAGUUGGUGGUAGGGAAUAAAGCAAAAGGAAGCUGGAAUGCAGGCCCUCGUGUGAAGUGAUUGUUGCCAGAAAUACCUCGACAUCUCUUUGCUGUCCCGGAGCCGCUGCUAGAGGUCCCGCGGAGCUCAGAGCUGAGGUGCCGGCGGCGGGACUGGAGGGACUCGGCGAUACCUUAUCAGGAGAGCUCUGCGGGCUCCCCGAGUAGUUACAACCGGAAACAGGGCCAGUGGCCAAGCGACAGCCAGGGAGAGGCCGCUGCGACUGUCAAGGGGGGAGAGCUCGGCGCUGUUCUCCAUGGUGCCUGGGCUGCGCGCCGCUCGCUUGUCUCGAAGACAGCUGGGGGUUCAGCGGCGGAGAAGAUGGCGGAUGCCGAGGAAGGCUUCGGGCUCCCAGCGACGCCGGUAGAAUCCGAGACGAAGGAGCUCGCCGGCGAAGGCAAGCAGGACAGCCAACUGGGGGCCAGCAGCAAGCCGCCCUCCUCGCCCCAGGCCGCCUUCACCCAACAGGGCAUGGAGGGAAUCAAAGUGUUUUUGCACGAGCGGGAAUUGUGGCUGAAAUUUCAUGACGUGGGGACGGAAAUGAUCAUCACGAAAGCUGGAAGGCGUAUGUUUCCCAGUUACAAAGUGAAAGUCACAGGGCUCAACCCCAAAACCAAGUACAUCCUGUUGAUGGACAUUGUGCCCUCUGAUGACCACAGAUACAAAUUUGCAGAUAAUAAAUGGUCAGUAACUGGGAAAGCAGAACCAGCCAUGCCUGGAAGAUUAUAUGUCCAUCCGGACUCACCAGCUACUGGUGCCCACUGGAUGAGACAGCUGGUUUCCUUCCAAAAACUCAAGCUGACCAACAAUCAUCUUGAUCCAUUUGGCCAUAUCAUCCUCAACUCCAUGCACAAAUACCAGCCGCGGCUCCAUAUCGUCAAAGCGGACGAGAACAACGGCUUCGGCUCCAAAAACACGGCCUUCUGCACCCACGUCUUUCCGGAGACGGCUUUUAUCGCCGUGACCUCCUACCAGAACCACAAGAUCACUCAACUCAAGAUUGAAAACAACCCGUUUGCAAAAGGAUUCCGAGGCAGUGAUGACAUGGAGCUGCACAGAAUGUCAAGAAUGCAAAGCAAAGAGUAUCCGGUGGUUCCCAGGAGCACGGUCAGGCAAAAAGUGGCCUCUAACCACAGCCCUUUCAGUGGGGAGACCAGAGCUCUGUCUGCCUCUUCAAACAUCAGCUCUCAGUUCCAGUGUGAGAACGGUGUCUCCAGCACCUCCCAGGACCUGCUACCGCCUGCCAACCCAUACCCCGUAUCCCAGGACCAUAGCCAGAUUUACCACUGCACCAAGAGAAAAGAUGAAGAAUGUUCUACCACAGAGCAUCCUUACAAGAAGCCCUACAUGGAAACAUCCCCUGCUGAAGAUGAUUCUUUCUACCGUUCCAGCUACUCCCAGCAGCAGGGACUCAAUGCCAGUUCAUACAGGACUGAAUCAGCUCAGCGCCAAGCCUGUAUGUACGCCAGCACUGCCCCACCCACAGAGGCCGUGCCCAGCCUGGAAGACAUCAGCUGCAACACAUGGCCUGCCGUGCCCUCCUACAGCAGCUGCACAGUGACUGCUAUGCAGCCGAUGGACAGACUCCCCUACCAGCAUUUUUCGGCCCAUUUUACCUCUGGCCCUUUGAUGCCCCGCCUCACCACUGUCGCUAAUCAUACCUCACCGCAAAUUGGGGACACCCAUGCCAUGUUUCAGCAUCAAACCUCUGUCCCUCACCAGCCGAUUGUUCGGCAAUGUGGACCUCAGGCGAGCAUUCAGUCGACUCCCAGCAGCCUCCAGCCACCCGAGUUCCUCUAUUCCCACGGGGUGCCCCGGACCCUUUCCCCCCAUCAGUAUCAUUCCGUGCACGGAGUGGGCAUGGUGCCAGAGUGGAGCGAGAACAGCUAACAAGGCCACGUGGAAGAGUUGCUGGGGAAAUUUCACUGCAACACAGCAGGUGGUUUUGGGAGACUGAAUGUUCUAACUGAAUGUUCGUAUCCAAGCACUCGAGAGACAGACGAUGCCCUAUCUGGCCAGACCAUGGUAUUGUAUCUUCUCCUCUUUAAUUCCUAAAGGUCAUCAACAAACUUACCCCCAUAUUUUCUCCCAACAGACCCUAGAUCCAGACACAGCUGCCACACAGAGUUUGCAUUGCUUCUGCACCGAUGUUUGCCCCAUACAUUUCCUUUAUUUUGUUUUCAGGUGACUCACAGGAUUUUAUUUUUGCUGUCUUUUGACACACAGAAGAGUGCUUGAGCAACCAGCUAGAAUGCAUUGCGCUUUUGUUUCUUUCUUUCUUUGGUGUUGAGAUUGACAUGUUAUAUAAUAAAUUAUAAUAUAUAUA